AUGGAAGGAAAAGGGGAUACCCUGGAUACUAAAAGUGGAAAAUUAAUCGAAGAAAAAAAUAUUAAUGAAAUAAUUAAUUUAAAAGAAGAUAGUGAUGCAAGUUCUAAUAAUUCAGAUAGUAAAGUAGUUUCUAUUGAUGCAGAUAAAAAAAAUGAAAGUAAAAAUAUUGAAUCAGGUUUUCCCACUGGUUUCGAUCAAAAAGAAUUGGAAGAAGAAACACCUCUUAAAAUUAUUUACAAUAAAAAUAGAUAUGAUAUUAACUUUCCUUUAAAUCAAACUGUGAUGCAGCUUAAACAUCAUCUUCAAAACAUUAUUGGUGUUCCUCGUGCUAUGCAAAAAGUUAUGAUUAAGGGUUUAGCCAAAGAUGAUAGAACUUUAAAAGAACUAGGUGUUACAAAAGGUGCUAAAAUAAUGGUGGUCGGUUCAAAAUUAGAUGAUGUCCUCGCUGUGUCUACUCCUAGUCAGUUAGAUUUUUCAGAUGAAAAAACUUCUACAACAACAAAAGAACCAUUUUGCAAACAAAAAAUUCAUAGAAAAGUUCUCGAUACUGGAGUUCCAGAUGAUGCUAUGCCCGGAAUAAAAAAUAUCAAAGAGGGAUUACCACAAUUUCCCAUAUCGGGAAUGUUGAAUAAACAUGGCGGUAAAGUUCGUUUCACAUUUAAAUUAGAAUUGGAUCAAUUAUGGAUCGGUACUAAAGAAAGAACUGAUAAAAUACCAAUGCAUUCAAUAAAAAAUGUCGUUAGCGAAGCAAUCGAAGAACAUGAGGAAUAUCACAUAAUGGCUUUACAAUUAGGUCCUACCGAAGCAUCUAGGUAUUGGGUAUAUUGGGUACCAGCUCAAUAUGUAGAUGCAAUUAAAGAUGCUAUUUUGGGAACUUGGCCGUUAUAA